UAACUUCUGAUAAAAAAGGAGGUAUCAGACUUGUAUCCAAAGAACAUUUAGCGCCGUUAGAAAAUUUUCUCACUUGUUUCAGUUCUCUGAACUUUCCAUCUCUCUUCUUUUUGUAUCCCUUCGUCCAUCCAUGAAGGAGCUCUGCGAUCUAAAAGUUCAAAUUAAUGGUGAGCACAACUUCUUUCUCAGUCAGAAUGUACUCUGCUCGUUCUCAGGGAAACUAAGAAAGAUUCUUAAGGAAGAAAAUAUAAUAAUCAAUACAGAAGGAACUGUGAUCAGGUUCAUGGACUUCCCAGGCAGCAUUGAAGGAUUUGAGCUUAUCUCAAGAUUCUGCUACAACAAUGGCAGAAUAGAUAUAAAUCCAUCAAACAUUUGUUUUCUUCACUGUGGAGCCAUCUUUCUAGAAAUGGAAGAGGAGAUAACCCCUUUUAAUCUUUUAAAACAGACGGAAAACUUCUUGGAUGGAAUUCUUUACUUGACUUGGCAUGAUCUCCUCAUCUCUCUCAAGAGCUCUGAGUCCUUUGCCAUGGCUGAUUCCUCUGGCCUUCUCCAAAAACUCCUGUCUUCUCUUAUCUACAAGAUCUCAGUCAACUCGGAUUUAUCAUCUCCAUCAUCUUCAUCCUCGCCAGAAGUUUCUUUGUUCCGGUGCUCCUUCUCCAAGAGGAGCAUAGAAGCAAUAAAACCAUGCUUAAGCACAGAAUGGUGGUUCCAAGACCUUUUAGUUUUUGCUCCAAAAACGAUUGAGAAGAUGGUGAAAGCGCUUGGAGCUUAUGGAUGUAACAACAAGAGCUUCAUACUCACCAAAUUUUUACUUAAUUAUCUCAAGUCAGCUAAUCAGAGAGGCCAUGGAAGCAAGUGGGACCAUGGAGGGCUUGCAGACACAGCAGUUUAUGGUGUUUUAAUGAUUGGGAGAAAUGCUUUCAACUAUAGGGGUUUGUUUUGGGUUCUGAGAUUGGUUUCAAGGUUGGGGCUGAGCAAAGAUUGCAGGGAAAAGCUCGAGAGAUUGAUUGGAUCUAUGCUUGAUAAGGCAGAAUUGGAUGAUCUAUUAGUUUCAGGACAUGAUGAAGGUGUUUAUGAUGUGAAACUAGUGAUGAGAUUGGUAAGAUUUUUUGUAAUUGAGGAGGAGGAUGGGGGUUCUUUGAUGAGGAUGAAGAAGGUCGGGAGAUUGAUGGAUAAGUAUUUGAGGGAAAUUUCUCCUGAUCAGAGAUUGAAGGCUUCAAAGUUUCUUGGAGUAGCUGAGAGCUUGCCAGAUUCAGCAAGGGACUGUUAUGAUGGAGUUUAUAGGGCUUUGGAAAUCUUCAUUCAGACACACCCCAACUUAUCCUUCGAAGAUCGCAAGCGGCUUUGUCGCUGCCUAAACUACGAGAAGCUCACUCUUGAAACCUGCAAGGACCUUGCCAAAAAUCCGACGAUUCCGCCCGACGUGGCAGUUCAAGCACUGGCCUCACAGCAGCCUACGCUUCAAGCUGAAACUAACAUGGUGAAUGAUCUAAACAAAGCCAAUUCUAAAGCAGUUUUGUACAUCACAGAAUCCAAGUGUGAGGAGUUCAUCACCAGAUUUCUUUGAAGAAAAAGCAAGUGUUUAUGGUUCAAUCUUCAGCAGAGUCAGCCCAGGAUUAUAGAGCUUGAAAAUGUUUGCAGUGAGAUUAGAGGCCACAAGCUAAAGAUGUACCAAAGCUUUGCUGGGCUAUUUUCAGCUUAAAAUUCAUGAUUAUUGAUUUAUAACCAGCUAUCAAUUAUCUGAAUUUCAUUUCCCUUUUCUCUUCUUUCCUUCAAUCCAAACAAAAUCUAUUCAUCUUUACAUCCCAUUCUAUUAUCUCCAUUUCACGCAAUUCUAUCUCUUUCUUUUUUCAUUUUUAGUCUAAUAUCAAUUAUUUUUCAUUGACUGUUAUAUGAAAAUAAGAGCAAAUGAAGAGUUUGAUUCUGUCCGCAAGUCAUUUUAUGCUUUGCUUAAUUUUA